AUGGGCUUCACUGAUCUUGAAAAGGAUGCUGGCUUGAAGGUGCUCAAUACCUUCCUUGAGGACAAGUCUUACAUUGAGGGAUACACUGCAUCCCAGGCUGAUGUUGCCGUCUUUGACGCUGUCAAAAAGGCUCCCGUCGCUGCUACCUACCCAUAUGCCUCUCGUUGGUACAAGCACAUUGCCCAUUUUGAUGCCAACUUCCCAGGCACCAAGAAAUCUGCUGACUCCUAUGGUCCUGCUGUAGUAGAAGAAGAUGAAGAUGACAUUGAUCUCUUUGGUUCUGAUGAUGAAGAGGAGGACGCAGAGGCAGAAAAGGUCAAGGCUGCUCGUCUUGCCGAGUACCAUGCCAAGAAGGCUGCCAAGCCCAAGGUGGCAGCAAAGUCCAUGAUCAUUCUUGACGUCAAGCCCUGGGAUGACGAGACUGAUCUUGCCAAGCUGGAGGAAGGUGUUCGUGCCAUUACCAUGGAUGGUCUCUUAUGGGGUGGCUCUAAGCUUGUUCCCAUUGGUUACGGAAUCAAGAAGCUUCAGAUCACAUGUGUCGUCGAAGACGACAAGGUUGGCACAGACGAUCUGAAUGACAAUAUCAUGGCUCUUGAGGACUACUGCCAGUCUGUCGACACGGUUGCAUUUAACAAGCUCUAA